CAAAUUUUUAUGUCAAAUUUUGACGUUUUGAUUUCCAGCCCUAGCCGAAAUCAAGUUCUGUUUUAUUUCCUAAAACUAGAUUAAUUUAAGUUAAAAUCGGCAUUUGGGGAAAGUGGAUGGCAUAUUACACAUUUUACCACAAUGACGACAUUACGUGAACGUCAGCUGAAUGCUUUAAAGCAGAUGCUCAAUUUAAAUCAACCCUUGACUAAGGGCGUAGCCAAUGAACCUACUUGGAAGGUUUUGAUAUACGAUAGAGUCGGCCAAGACAUAAUUUCACCUUUGAUAUCAGUUAAAGAAUUGAGGGAGCUAGGAGUGACCCUUCACGUCCAGCUGCACUCAGACCGUGAUCCAAUCCCUGAGGUGCCAGCUGUUUAUUUCUGUUCUCCAUCUGAGGAAAACCUGGGCAGGAUAUGUCAAGAUCUCGACAAUGGGACCUAUGAUCAGUACCACCUCAAUUUCAUCUCUCCCAUAACGAGGCAAAAGCUGGAAGAUUUGGCUGCAUCGGCGAUCCAGUCAAACUCCGCUGUGAACAUUCAGAAAGUUUAUGAUCAGUAUUUAAAUUUUAUAUGCUUAGAGGAUGACCUUUUCAUUAUGAAGCACCAACAAUCUGAUGUACUGUCAUACUAUGCAAUCAACAAAGGUGAUACAAAAGACACUGAAAUGGAAGCCAUCAUGGACAACAUAGUUGAGAGCUUGUUCUCUGUCUUUGUCACACUAGGUAAUGUUCCUAUCAUCAGAAGCAGUAAAGGCAAUGCUGCUGAAAUGGUGGCCAAAAAACUAGACAAGAAAUUGAGAGAGAAUCUUUGGGAUGCGAGAAAUAAUUUAUUCCACGGCAACACUGGUCAAUCCGGCUCCUUCAGUUUCACUCGGCCUAUGCUCAUACUGUUAGACAGGAAUAUUGAUAUGGCAACACCUUUACAUCACACAUGGACUUACCAAGCCUUAGCUCAUGAUGUACUGGAUUUGUCUCUCAACAGAGCACUGGUUCCAGAAAGCACUGCAGUGGCGGUGUCUGGCCAAAAAACCAAGACACGAGUGUGUGACCUGGACUCUAGGGAUCCCUUGUGGGCAGAGCACAAGGGUAGUCCUUUCCCCACCGUGGCAGAAGCUAUACAAGAAGAUUUAGAUAAAUACAGGAGUUCAGAAGCAGAAGUAAAGAAGCUAAAAAGCUCCAUGGGCCUGGACGCGGACAGCGACUUAGCACUGAGUUUGGUCAGCGACAACACGCAGCGGCUCACUAGCGCCGUCAACUCGCUGCCUCAGCUUAUGGAGAAGAAGCGGCUGAUUGACAUGCAUACUACUAUUGCUACUGCUAUCCUCAACGCAAUCAAAUCAAGGCGGCUCGACUCGUUCUUCGAAUUAGAAGAGAAGAUAAUGAGUAAAAGCAGUGGAGUCGAAAGCAAAACGGUGAUGGACCUCAUAACGGAUCCCACAGCGGGCACCGCUGAGGACAAGAUGCGUCUCUUCAUAAUAUACUACUUGUGUACUUCGCAAUUACCAGAGGACGAGUAUAAAAAGUUCGAAGCGGCGUUGGUGGCCGCGAACUGCGAUACUCAGCCGAUGUCGUAUAUGAAGCGGUGGAAGGGUUUUACAAAGAUGUCCAGUCAAUAUGAAGGUGGUGGUACGAAAACUGUAUCUAUGUUUUCGAAACUGGUCUCCCAGGGUUCUUCGUUUGUAAUGGAGGGAGUCAAGAAUUUGGUUGUCAAAAAACAUAAACUGCCCGUAAGCCGCGCAGUGGAGGCCGCUCUCGGCGGCAGCGGCAGCGGCGAAGGCAGCACCGACCUCACCUGGCUGGACCCGCGCGCCGCGCGCACCGACGCCGCCGCCCGCGCGCGCGCCGCCCGCCACCCGCCGCCCACAGACGCCGUGGUGUUCGUGGUGGGCGGCGGCAACUACAUCGAGUACCACAACCUCAUCGACUUCGCCAAGCAACAAGCGACCAGCGGUACUCCAAGGAAGAUCAUCUAUGGUGCUACAACUUUGCCGAACGCUUCACAAUUCCUGAAACAGCUGUCUCUGCUCGGAGAAGAAAUACAAUAGACAUUCCCAUCUCAGUAAUAUAACUUACAAUGUAAAUUAUACCAUAAUUAUUUAAUGUUAUUAUUAUAAUCUUCAUCAGUGGAAUUAUGACUUUUAUAUCACAGUAUAAUAUUGGCUUGGAAUCCUAAAAGGUGAAUGAAACACAUGUCUCAACAA